UUGCUUAAUUUUUUCAAGUUUCACAAGAUAGAGAGAACCAUGAUAAUCCAAGAGGAAGGAGACCAGCAAUCAAAGAUUUUAUACGACCUAGUUUCCAUGAUCAUCAACACUCUCAAGCUCCCUCCAUUACCCUUCCCUCUCUCCACUCCAUAUCCAUCAUCAUAUUCUUCAACUUCUUCGUCUUCGUCUUCCUCUAAGAGACAGCCAUGGUGGAUGACAAUAUUGUUAAAAUUUCCGUAUGAUUCACCGGCAGUAUUGGUGUCUCUUUUUCUAUGCAUAUACUUAGCCUUGAUGCUUUUUGGAUCGGUGAUUUUCUUGACUGGGUUGCUUUUGUUGCCGUGGAUUACUGUUCUAGUGGUGGUUUUCUAUGCUGCUGCUUUUGUUUCCAAUGUAUCCUUCAUGGGUCGUUUUUUUCUUGGUUCCAUUGGGGUUGCACUUGCACGAGGGUGUUCUAGAGGAGAUAAGGCCAACAUGCUGCUAAAGCGCCAUGAUAAUGUCAAAUAACAGAGUCUUGUAACUUAGAAUUGUUAUUGAUAUUGACAUUUUACAUUUGCAAGAACUUAUGUAUUUCAUCUAGUUACUUGUUUCAAUUUUGAUUUCUUCAAUCAACUGAGCUAGCCUGUUUUAUUGAUAUGUAUUUUCUUCACUUAAAAUUUGGUCUCUAAUGU